UCAUCCAUGAAUCCUGCAGCCGUGGUUAUCAUCGACACAAAAAUUCGACACCAAAUUAAACUGACGGCAUGUGCAACGUACGGCGAAUGUACGCCGUACGGUGCUGGCCACCUGCAGCAAGAACUACCGUAGCGCACGUUUAUCGUAGAAUCGUUCGUCAGUCAUCAUUCAUCCUUGGUGGUGAUCUUUAUCUGCGUUCAUUCGACUGACAACAGUUUUCACCGAAGCAGUGGAUGGCAACAAUUAGGUACCGACGAAUACGUAUGAUUUAGUGUGCUAGAUGCUAAAGUGCCUACUACAGCGGUCGAUUAUCGUCGAGUUCUACCCAGCGGUACAACGCGAGCCGAAAUCCACGACCGAUACGUCCCGUGUUCUGUCGUCACUACGGUUGAAAAUUUAAAAUGCCCACUCGAAGUAUCUGAUAACUCUUCUGUAGUGGUUGUGUGCCCGCCGCUAGUUAAGCACGUGAUAACUCUAAAACCACAACGUACGAAACCACGAAAACCCUACACUCGCGUUUUGCAUAAUUCUUUUGUGCGACUGCAGUUGAUCUAACGUAACUACGAACGAUUGUUAAUUACAGAAACGUCGUGACAAUUGGACGUCUGGUGUUUUUGUUUGUAAAAAUAUUAUGAAUAGCUACAAAUUUUUGUUUUUUUUUUUCGCGUAAUUUAUUCAUUUUUAUUUGUACAUUUUUAUUUUAUUUUCUCAUACGAUAUCUUUUUCAUAAAUAUUUUUAUUGUUAAUGAUAAUAAGUACCUAUCUAUUAUUAAGUAAAUUGUCAAAUAAAGUAUAUAUAUUAUAUAUACAUAUAAAUAAUUUACGAUAUUAUAGUUUGUUGACUGUGAUAGAAACUUUCCAUUAAAAAUAAUAAUGUUUACAAAAGUUAGAACUGUGUGGCUUUGUGUGUGGCUUAUGACCACUGUUAUCCAUUCGUUAGCCGCAGAAGAUGAAGAUGGUGGUUUGCUACCUCCUACAGUUGUACCGGCCACGGUUGGAUCGCCAACUUCUGAACAAACUACUAGUCAUGUAAACGUCGUUUCCCUGGGAUUCGUACAUGCCUUUGUAGCAUCACUUUCUGUGAUCGUUGUUUCAGAAUUGGGUGACAAGACUUUUUUUAUUGCUGCUAUUAUGGCAAUGAGACAUUCAAGAAUUACAGUAUUCGCUGGUGCCAUAUCUGCACUUGCACUUAUGACUGUUUUAUCAGGUAACAAUUUCAUUAUUUUAUUAUACCAUUUUUUUUUUUUUUUCUAGAAUAUAGGAUUUUAUAUUAGAUUAGUUUUUAGUAUAAAAGUAAAACCCUACUAUGUUUUUACAUUAUCCAGAUUAAUAUACAUGAUUCGAAAUUGAUCAUUUUUGUAGAUUUUGAUAUGUGUAUGAGUUUAACUGUUUAUUGCUGAUUCAACCCUUAAUCAGAUAGGUAGCAAAGCAAAACAAAAUCAUCUAACAUUUUAAUUGAAUAAAUAUUUACUUCCUUACUUACCUAUUUAAUUUGUUUUGUGCAUUUUAGAUUCUAAACCUACUUAGGUUUGUCUUGUUUCUUAUGAGUUAUGAGUGGAUUUUUUUUUUAAACUUCCAUUAAUAAAUAUGUUUAUCUAUUCUAUAAUAAAUGAACACAUUUUAUAAUAUUAUAUUGUUUUUUUCUAUUUCUACUGCUUGAUUUAGAAUGAUUUUUUCAAUAUCUAAAUACAAUUGUUUUAGCAACUUUUCCGUAAAACCUAAAAAAAUAAUAUAUUCAAUUUUAAAGCUAUCUUGUAUUAUUAAUUUACAGACAAAAUUAAGAAUAAUUUACUUUUAUUGUUUUUUUAAUUUAUUAUGUACAAUUUAUAUAUAAGUAGGUGAAUAUUUAACUUCAAAAUUCAAACUCAACUAAUUAGGUACAGGUACUUACCAUAGGAUAUUGUGUUGCAGAAAUUUUUGUUAUUUUGUUGGUACCUAAUUAGAUAAUGCAAGGUAAAGUUUUUCUACCAAGGCACUCUAGUGCUAGGUAGUUAACAUAUAUGUAUUGCCAUUAUGCCAUAAUGUGUUUGCCAUUAGUAUGUAGUUAUAAUUUUAAUUUCAGAAUAAAAUAAAUUGAACACAUUUGCAUGAGACUAGAAUAGAUCUACUGACUAUAAUUUAACAACAUCAAAGAUUUAAGAUAUAACUUCUGUAUCUAUCUUAGAUUUUGAAUAAGCAUCUUGUAUAUAAAUUUAUAACUAAGCACUUACUUAGUAUUACAUAAAUUGCACAAACAUUUAAACAUUUAUUAUAACCUAUUGUAGUACAUACACCUAUAUAAAACAAAUUGAUGUAUUAAUAAAUUUAAGUACAGAAGUCAUGUGUGUUUUAAGUAAUGUUAGUCAGUAUUUGGUAAACUGAUUUCUCUUGUUUGGCAGUAAACAUAUUGAACAUGUUUGAGUUAUGUUGGCAUAUUGUCAAAUUGACCCAUCUUUAAUGGUCAAAUUGACUAAGAAUUAUUUUGACAGUAGGUGCAGUAGGUGAGUAGGUAAAAAAAUUAUACAUCUACCUAAGUAAUUAUUGGUUAUAAAUAUUUCAAAAUGAUUUUAUUAAUAUCAAAUGAAACCAAAUUGUGUGUAGGUGUUGUGUGUUUCCUUAACCUCUAAAUCACUCGUAGGUUGCAUACUAAAUUAGUGCCAAUAACAUAAGUUUUAAAGACAUAUUUCUAUAAUAAAUUCUGAAAAAAAAAAAAAUUUAGUGAAAUGAAAUGGUCUUAUAAAUAUAAUUUAAAAUGACUAAAAGCUUAAAUUUAUAUCAAAAUAUUUUAAUGAAAUAACUAAAAAAAGUACAUUUUUUUUUCAAUUGUAUAUACAAGCAAAACUAUGCCGGACAGUAUUCUUUAAAUUUAGUUCCUAUAAAUAUUUUAUAUGUACCUAAAUUAUUACAUUUUUUUUUUUUUUUACAGUUUUAUUUGGAUAUGCAGCAACAGUUAUACCUCGUGCUUACACAUAUUACAUAUCAACAGCUUUAUUUGCGGCAUUUGGACUUAAAAUGUUAAGAGAAGGGUUCAAAAUGUCCCCUAAUGAAGGACAAGAUGAACUUGAAGAAGUGCAAGCAAAUUUACGACGAAAAGAUGACGAGGUAAAAAUUAUCUAAAUUAUGCUAAUCAAUUUGUAGGAAGCUUUUUAGUAAAUUAAUUUUUAUAGCAUUUGAUAGUUUGAUUAUGUAUGCAUUAAUGAAAGUGGUGUUAUAAUUAAUUAAAUUUUUAAUAAUUGCUCAUUUUUCAUUUAGGUAUCUAUUGUUCAGUAUUUAAAAAUUAUUUCAAUAACAUCAAUAUCAUAUGUAAAGUUGAAAACUUUUAGUUUCUUGAAAUAGUUACUUAUGUUUCGCAGUAUAGUACAAAGAAGGGAAUUUUUACCAAAAUGGGUAAUUUUGAAAAACAAAGACAAAAGAUAAAAAAACAAGUUUUAAAUAUUUUGGAUAGCUAAUAGGUACAUAACAAUAAAUUAGACUUUAUUGCCAUAUGUGUGUUAUUGUCAUCUUCACAGCAUUUUCAUUAUUUUGAUAAAAUACAAUGUAUGUCAAUUAUUAUUAUCAUUAAAAAUAUUAUAUUUAUUAUUUUAUUAUAAUAUAUAUUUGUUUAAGAAUUUAUCAUCCCUAUUUUAUGACUUAUGUGGUAUUGUAGUUGUAGGUAUAUAAUAUAUUGAGAGCAAUUGUUAAUCUGGGUAGUUUGAGGGAAAUUGGUACAUGCUUGUAUGAUAUAGUGUUGUAAAUUAUGAACCAUGACUCUAUUCAUCACAUUUCUUAUUUAGUAUCAAAUAUUUCAAGUUCAAAUUUGUAACUUGUCGCGUCACAAAGUUAUUUUUAUUAUAACAUUUAUUUUUUGGUAAAUAAAAAUAAGUUUUCCUUUAAAUAAUUUUUAUAAGUAGAUGAUUCACAAAUUUAAUUAUGACACCACUAAUUUAACAUAAAUUUGUGAUAGUUGUAUGUUACGUGUAAUCUAACUAAAUCAAUAACUUAUUGAGCUUGUUUUUAAGUUAAAUUUUUACCAAUUCAAAUAUAUAAGUAACAUUUUAUUAUAAACCAUAUUUACUAUUUUAUUUUAAUAAAUUCUGCUAUCCAGUGUAUCCAAGUAACUAAAAUAUUUGUUUUUUUUUCUAUUCAAACAAUCACUUUUAAAUGCAUGAAUAAUAAAUACCUAUAGGUACUGGCUAUACUUGUAUACAAUUUAAUAAUUGCAUUAAAGUAUAAAUAGAAUCUGAAUAUUAUUAUUAUAUUUAAUCUCUAAUUUUACUUUAUUGUAAUUUUAGAUGGAUAUAUAUGUCUUUAUUAUAUAUUUUAUUGCAACCAAAUAAAUGAAAUUAUAGUUGUAUUUAUUUAUUUAAAAAUAAUUCUUUAAAAUAUUGAAUUCAUAUAUUUAUUAUAUUGUUGAGUACUUUAGAGAGGUAAUGUGAUAAAACUAAAAAUUACAUAUUUAAUUCACAUAUAUUUAUUCAUCUUCAAAGCAAUAGAACAUGAUUAGACCAUAAUACCUGUUUAAAAGGUUUUCUAAUUUUUGUUCUAAUUGCUUCUAGCCAAUACUGAUGCAUUUAUUAGUUGGGUAAAAGACAUUUUAUUUAUUUAUGCUUAGCUUAGCUUGUAUUUAUCAUAUCUAUAAUUGAUAGUUCAAAUACUAUAGUUCAAUUUCUCUAAAUGCCUAAUUGUAUUUUUCCGUAGUGAUUAUCACAUUUUCUAAAAUUAUUAAUAAUUUAUGAUUAGAGUUUCAUAAAUACUAACCCAUAAUAUUUAAGUUAAUUACUGGUGUGUUUUUUUGUUUGUUUUGUUCUGUAUUUAUACUUUUCUUUAUUAUGUUAUGUGGUGUUAGAAAUUGAAUUUUUCUUUCAAUGUCGGGGUUAACAAUAUUAAGAUUUUUCAUUUGGAUAGUUUGGAUUUGACAUAAUCACAAAUUUUAAAUAUAUUCAAACAAAAAAUAUUUAAUUGGACAGACAAUUUUUGGUUUUUUUUUUAACAGCAUAACAAAAUAUAUGUUUAACUCUAUAAUUUGGAAACCACUGUUUAUUCAAAUGUAUAAUCUCUGAACUGAAAUAUUUAUGUAUUUAUAAAAUAAUAAUAUUAUAAAAUCUAAAAUAUUUUUGAAUACUAAUGAUUCAAUAAUAAAUGUACAUCUUAAUUUCUAUUAUAAACUCUACGGGCAAUUAUUUUUUAAACUUUACACAAAUAACCUAGCCUUUGUAGUUCCUUUAAAAUCAACAAAAUGUUGGUUUGGGUAUAGUAAGCCUAUUUCAAGGUUAUCACUAUCAAUUAUUUUUUAGAAUAAAUCUAGUUUUUCAAAAUGGUUUUUGAUGUUUAUUUUGAAAAUUUUGAUAUUUUCACUGAAAUCAUUAUUAUAAAAGUUAAGAUAAAAUAACUUUAAAAAGCAAAAUUAGUUAGAAAUAGAAAUGAUGGUGCAAUCAGAAUUAUUUGAAAAUUGUUAUUUUAGAAGUUACAGUUUUUCAAAGACUAUGUCACUAUAAUUACUUAACACAUGUAAUGUAAUUAUUAAAUACAUGUGAAUGCGGGAAUGGCUGUAUAUACAUACCAUCUUUGCUUGUUGUUUCAACUGUUAAUAUGCUGUCCUCUUUAGUUUCUCUCUUUUUACCGGUAGAAGGAGGCAAUAAUACUACUGAUCUACCCUAAAUUUUCAAUCUGAUAUUACUACAAGGAGGAUAGUGUCCUAAAUUUAAAUUUAAACCUCGCUACACAAAACAGGGGUUUCAGCAACCCUAAUAAUUUGAUCGAUUAUCUCAAACAUGCAGAUUUAACUUCAUUUGCUAUAAAUAAUAACAAAUAAUAUAUUAAGUCUCCUUAAGUACAUGCUGUACCCAAUAUUGUAGAAUUAAAAAUGCUGAUAUCUCAAAAAUGAAACAUGACUACUAUAUUAUCAUUACGCGUAGUUUUAUAUUACAGUUUUCUUGGUAAAUGAAAAAAACGAAAAUAAUGUUCUCAAUCAUCCGUUCAGCAGUGUUAUAUGAUAAAAAUGUUCUCUUAGGUGUAUUUGAUAACCACUCCCGGAUUUAGGAGGUUGUGGAAAAUAUGACCUCUUUACCCAGGAAUGUGAAGGGUUCAUUGUGCCACUAUUUAUUCAUAUAAAAGGUUGUCUAAAAUGUUGAAGUUUAAAAACGUAAAUACAAUUUAUACAAAAAAAAAGGUUCAUUUUUAAGUUCAGAACAUAGGACUUUCAAUCUGGCUUAUUUUCUUAUUAGUUUAAAAAAUUGUAAACAUCUAAGAGAUAAAAUAUAAAAAUCUAAAUAAAAUUCUGAGUGGAGCUUGCUAAAACAUUUUUUGCUAAUUUUGUAUUGAAUAUUUUAUUAUUACUGAAUUGGUAAUAUUGUAUUUUCAUGAUUUUUAAAAUUUAUUAGGUUAAAAUUGUUUUUCAUCAAUUGUUACAUAUGGUUAUUCUUGUAUCAUAUUUUUGAGAAUUUAUGAGUAAAAAAAAAAUGAAAAUUUUAAAUAUGCCUCUAAAAUAAUGAGGAGUGAAGCAUUUUAAAUUGAAUACCUACUAAUUCACCAUAAAUAAUAAUGUUUAUUUAGAUGUGUGCAUAAUGUAAUAUUUACUUAUUUAUUUUUGUAUACAAUUUGAAAUUUUUUUUAAAAAAAUCGAUAAUGGUUAAAAAAUUGUAUUUUACUUGUACAGUUUUUUUUACAAUACAUUUGUAAAUUCAUAAUUAGGAAUAUGAAUUAUCAAAAAAUAAUUAAAAUAAUUUGUAUUUAAUUAUUAAAUUGGUUUGAAUAAUUAUGUGACUUACUAUGAGUGUCAUUAUUAUAACUAAUAAUCAAAAUAAUUUGUGAUAAAUUAUAAUUGAUAAAGAAUAAAUUGAAUAUUAAAUUUAUUAAAUGCAAUUAUAAAUUAAUUUUUAUCUUCAUUAUGUUUAUUCUUAUUUAUUUAUAUAAUAAUAUUCUUUAAAUUAAUAUAUUUUAUAUCUGUACCCAAUAUAUAUAUAUACACAAUAUAUUUAUAUUAUUAUUAUUAUUUUUUUUUUUCUGUAUUUUCGUAACGUUAUCUUCUACGCGCUUCUUUGGGCUGUUAAAUUGUUUGGGAAUAAAUAUUUAAAUAUCUAAAGAACAAGAAGAAUAAGAAAGAGGAGUCACCAGUCACUGAAAAUGAUGAUAAAUCUCCAGCCGUUGUACCUUCCGUGGUUGAAACUAUCAAUGUGACUGUUGACAUUAAUACUGACUUAAAGGUAAGAGAAACAAAACAAAUAUUUUCUUUGUUAUUCAAUGAUAAUAAAUCAUAGAUUUGAUCAAUUAUGUUUAAUAAUUAUAGUAAGCAUUAUCAACCAUUUACAAUGUAUGAUAACAUUAUUUGUUCAUAUUAUUACAGCAUGAUAUAUUUCCUCUGCAAUAUAACCGCUCGUAGAUUUUGAUUAGAUAUUUAAUUAGGUGUAAGACAUAUUUCACUUAAUUUCUUAACUCAAGUAACUGAUAUCUAAUCGCAUCUCUCUGAAGUACUCAAUUGAAAUAUUAUAAAAUAAUAAUAUAAUAUUCAAUAUUUCAGAUUUGGAAUGAUUGUAUGUAAAACUAAAGAAUUAUUUUUUGUUAAUAUUGUUUUCAACACAGGACAUUGAUAUAGAACAAGCGGCCCCAAAAAGAUGUCGCUUACAACUUGGCAAUACAAGUUUGUUGAUUGUGUCAAAGACUUUAAUUCAGGCAUUUACAAUGACAUUUCUUGCAGAAUGGGGUGACCGUAGUCAGUUGGCAACUAUAAUUUUAGCUGCUAGAGAAGUAAAUAAAAUCAAAUUUUAGAUGAAAUAGUUUGUGUAAUUUUUAAUUAUUUUUAAUGAUAAUGUUAAGGAUGCCUAUGGUGUUGGACUUGGUGGAGUUUUAGGUCAUUCCUUGUGUACCGGUUUGGCCGUUAUUGGUGGUCGUUUUAUUGCUCAAAAAAUAUCUGUGCGAACUGGUAAGUAAAACUAUGAUUGACAAAAUAUUUGAAUAUAAAAAAAAUAACUAUAUAUUUGUUGUUUUUAAUAGUUACAAUUGUGGGUGGUGUUGUAUUUUUAAUGUUUGCCCUGACUGCAUUAAUGUUUGACCCAAAUGAAGGUGAAACGUAGCCAUAACAAUUUCAUAACAAUUAUGGCCAUUGCAAAUGCUUCAAACUCCAGUUUCAGAGUUAAGCAUACUUAGUUUUUCUGUGAUAUUUAUAUUUCACUAUAAGUAUGUUAGCAUGCUUUCAUUCAAGUUAAAAGUACAAUGCAAUCAGAAUAUUGUGUUUUUGUAUUAUUGAUUGAUUAAUUUAUUUGUGUUAUAUUUAUGUAAGUAAAUAAUUUUAAAUAUAAUUGUUAUCAUCAUCCUUAAGGUUUAAAUAUAUAUGUAUUUUUUACAUAUAAUAAAACAUUUUGAUCUUUUUAUCUUAACACAUUGUUAUUUAUGUAUAAUUUAUUAAUGGUAUUCAUAUUAUAUUUUUUUAGUAAUGAUUCUUUUUACAAUAAAUAGUAUGAUAAUGUGUCAUAC